UCUCAGGUGAUCCACUCACCUCAGCCUCGCAAAGUUCUGGGAUUACAGUGUGAGCCACCGUGCCUGCCAGAAGGGCUGGGCUUGUCCUAAUAAGCUUGUUUGUUCUUCAGGCUGAGUUGUGUGUAGGAAGCUGCUUUUUAUUAUAUGAUUUCCUCAAAGUCAUUUCUGGUCAUCGGGGAAAACUGACAAUACUAUGUUUCUUUUUUGUUUGUUUGUUUGUUUUUGAGAUGGAGUUUCGCUCUUGUUGCCCAGGCUGGAGUACAACAGUGCCACCUCUGCUCACCACAACAUCUGCCUCCUGGGUUCAGCUGAUUCUCCUGCCUCAGCCUCCUGCAAUACUGUGCUUCUAAUCAGGGUAGAUUUGGUUGGCCAUACCCCUAGAAGAGAUUUGGAAUCCUGACUCACUAAGGGGUGUAGACGGGGCACUGCCUUCAGAGCAGGUCCUGCCAGCCUCUCUGGAGAGGAUGCCCUCGUGUCCGUGAUGGGCUGUGGGACAAGCAAGGUCCUUCCUGAGCCACCUAAGGAUGUCCAGCUGGAUCUGGUCAAGAAGGUGGAGCCCUUCAGUGGCACUAAGAGUGAUGUGUACAAGCACUUCAUUACAGAGGUGGACAGUGUUGGCCCUGUCAAAGCCGGGUUCCCGGCAGCAAGUCAACAUGCACACCCCUGCUCCAGUACCCCAACUGCUGGCCACACAGAGCCUCCCUCAGAACCACCAUGCAGGGCCAGGGUAGCUAAGUACAGGGCCAAGUUUGACCCACGUGUGACAGCUAAGUAUGACAUCAAGGCCCUAAUUGGCCGAGGCAGCUUCAGCCGAGUGGUACGUGUGGAGCAUCGUGCAACCCGGCAGCCAUAUGCCAUCAAGAUGAUCGAGACCAAGUACCGGGAGGGGCGGGAGGUGUGUGAGUCGGAGCUUCGCGUGCUGCGUCGGGUGCGUCAUGCCAACAUCAUCCAGCUGGUGGAGGUGUUCGAGACACAGGAGCGGGUGUACAUGGUGAUGGAGCUGGCCACGGGUGGAGAGCUCUUCGAUCGCAUCAUUGCCAAGGGAUCCUUCACCGAGCGUGACGCCACACGGGUGCUGCAGAUGGUGCUGGAUGGCGUCCGGUAUCUGCACGCACUGGGCAUCACACACCGAGACCUCAAGCCUGAGAAUCUGCUCUAUUACCAUCCAGGCACUGACUCUAAGAUCAUUAUCACCGACUUUGGCUUGGCCAGUGCCCGAAAGAAGGGUGAUGACUGCUUGAUGAAGACCACCUGUGGCACGCCCGAAUACAUUGCCCCAGAAGUCCUGGUCCGCAAGCCCUACACCAACUCAGUGGACAUGUGGGCGCUGGGCGUUAUUGCCUACAUCCUGCUCAGUGGCACCAUGCCCUUUGAGGAUGACAACCGCACCCGGCUAUACCGGCAGAUCCUCAGGGGCAAGUACAGUUAUUCGGGGGAGAAUGCUUCCCGGCCAGACAGUCCUUGGCUGACAUACAUACUUAAGUGGCUCCAGGGGAAGCAGCCCUGGCCUAGUGUGUCCAACCUGGCCAAGGACUUCAUUGACCGCCUGCUGACAGUGGACCCUGGAGCCCGUAUGACUGCACUGCAGGCCCUGAGGCACCCGUGGGUGGUAAGCAUGGCCGCCUCUUCAUCCAUGAAGAACCUGCACCGCUCCAUAUCCCAGAACCUCCUCAAACGUGCCUCCUCGCGCUGCCAGAGCACCAAAUCUGCCCAGUCUACACGUUCCAGCCGCUCAACACGCUCCAACAAGUCACGCCGUGUGCGGGAGCGGGAGCUGCGGGAGCUUAACCUGCGCUACCAGCAGCAGUACAAUGGCUGAGCUGCCUGGCUGUGCGCAUGUGCGGCACGGCCCAGCCUGGCCACACACUGUGAUGCGCUCUGGCUCCGAUGUCCUUUCUGGCGAUAGGCCUGUGUGACCCGCAGUAGGUGAAGAAUGUCUGGCGCCAGCCCCUUCCCUGUGCCUUCAGCAGCCCCUGUCCUCACCAUGGGCCUAGGCCAGAUGUGAGAGAGUGGAGGUAGCCCAGGGGGCUGUGACCCACCCUGAACUCGGAGCCUCGCCUGGCACUGAUACCCCUCUUGGGCAGCUGCUCUGGAGUUUUGAAGGGAUAGGACCUGGCCUUCACUGUCUUCUUUGCCCUUUGGCUCUUCUCAAAUCAAAGGGGGCCUGCAGUGCAAGGUGGAGGGUGUCCUGUGGCCUCAGGACCCUUUAGGACAGUUGCUUCUGGGACCCCCUUUCCUUCACAGAGCCCUCCCUGGCUCCACACAUUCCCACACAUCCUGAUCCUUAAGAUUAUGCUCCAAUGGGAGAUCCAGGUAGGCACAAAGCUUGUGCCCUGUCUGGACUGGUAGCCCUCAGCUAGAUCCAAAUAGCCCUCCACCUCCCAGCCAAGAUCUGUCUUCCUUCAUGGUGCCCCCAGGGAGCCCUCCUGGUUCCAGGACCUGCCAGGACCUCUGGUAGUGGGGCCAUGGAGUGGACCUUCACCCUUCUGGACUGUGUGGCCAUGCUGGUGGUCGGCUUGCCCAGGCUCCAGCCUCUCCAGACUCUGAGGGGGUCUCUGCCCACCAGCCCACCACCCUUGGUGCCUUCUUUGUAGAGCCCACCACUACCUCCCUCUCCCCCUUGGAUGCCCAUUCCAUUCCCCAGGUGCCUCCUUCCCAACUGGGGGUGGUUAAAGGGAGCCCCACUGCUGCUACCUGGGGGAUGGGGCACCUGGGGGCCAAGGCAGAGGGCAGGGGGCUCCUUCACAUUAGGGUCCAGUGUCAGCCCAGGUUCUAUCUUUUGGUGCAGCCCAUUGCCCCUUCCCUUCAGGCUUUGCCGCUCCCUCCUCUGCAGCUGCAUGAAUACGCCAUCUGGUGUCUGCAGGGAGUGAUCAUUGCACUCCCAUCGUGCACACAUGUAGUCGUCCGAGAGGACAUGGGAAGGAAGGAGUUGCUGCACUGGGGGAGGGUCUUGGGCUACUCACCUCUCCCCUUCUGCUGAGCUUCUGCGCACCCCUCCCUGGAACUUAGCAAUACUGUGUGACCUGCCUCUGAACGCUGGGUGCCUGGGGCACUGCCUUCUCACACCUGGCCUUGUCCUGUUCACCCUGUGCUGCUUCCCUUCACAGCAUUAACCUUCCAGUCUGGGUCCCGCUGAGUCUCAGGCUGGAAAGAGCCCCUGUGGGAGGUAGGUAGGGUUGGGUGGCUGCUUUCCUAGAGGCCUGAGCCAGAACUGUCCCCAUGGCUGUUGUGGUAUCUCCCCCUACCACAAACCAGGCUGGAACCUGAGCCCCUCCUUCCACAGCUGCCUUCAGUGGGUAGAAUGGGGCCAGGGCUCAGCUUUGGCCUUAGCUUAAAUGCAGGGCCCCUGCCAGUGGGGAAUGGUUUGGCUGUCACUCAGCUUCUACCAGUCAGCAGCCUGGGCCAGGCCCUCCUCUUCCUGCAUGUGCCACCUCCAGUGGGAAACAAAACUAAAGCGACCACUCUGUACCAAGUCCACUGUGCCUUAGACACCCCCUCCUGUCAUCCCCACUGCCCCCUGGACAGGAGGCAAUGGAAAGCCAAGCCCCAUGGCCUCAGAAUUUCCUCCCAGUUCCCCAAGUGUCUCUGGGGGCUUAAAGCCUUGGGGAUUAUGUUUUCUCUUGCCCAGGAUAGGCCUGGUCCUGAGGGCAGGAUCAGGGGUUUGGAGAUGUGGGCCUUUGACAGACCCACCUGGGCUUUCAUGCCAUGGACUGUGGAUGGAGAAUGUGCAGUUAUUUAUUACGUGUAUUCAGUUUGUAAAUGUAUCCUCUGUAUUCAGUAAACAGGCUGCCUCUCCAGGGAGGGCUGCCAUUCAUUCCAACA